AUGAUCUUUGGUACUGAUUAUUCGUUUCAAUUUCCAAUUGUUGAAGAUGGUAAUAUUAUACCUGUUACUGAUAAUAAAGUUGAUCUAUAUCUGCAUAUAUUUCCACCACAAUUAUUACCAAUGAAUAUUUUGGCUGCAAUAGGUCUUAUCUAA